CCCACAGAGGGACCUUGCAGCUCGUCGCCGCCAUUUUCUUCUUUGGUUCUGCGUUUUACAUUCCAGAGAUUGCUGCGAGAGCAAGAUGUCGUCUGCGAGUGGUGACGAGAGCGAGAUUGCUUUAAUUGAACCCGUGCGUCGCACGAGAUCGGGCCGUACCCGUAAAACUGCCGUCGUGGCGAAGAAAUCGCCCGUAAAGAAACUGCUUGCGAGAGCAACACGUUCGCCCAAAAAAGUCCAGGAAAUCGAGGAGGUCGAAGAGGAGGAACCCGUAUUCCAAGGUGAAGUUAUUAUGGAAAGUAUUCCAGAGAACGGAGUGCAAAGAUUCAGCGACAUAAUCCAGCAACACCACGAGGAUGAAUCGUCUAUGCUGCAGUUGGAGCUGGACGAUUCAACCGAUACGGCUGUUCAUGAAAUCAAUAUGAAUCAGAGUAUGCAGAUCGAGGAAGAUCAAGAAAAUAUACCUGAUUCGGAAACAUCCGAGUCACAAAUUGAUCAUACUACCGUGGUGGCAGGUCACAUGAUCAUAGAAGAGGGCAGUAUGGACAAGGUGGACAUGUUAAAUGACCAGGAGCAAAUAGAUAUGGAGGGGCAAGAUACAAGUAACGACGACACGAAUCAACGUGUCUUAAUAGAUUUCCAAGAGGUCAUAACCGACGAUGGCGAGCACAUAACACAAGUGACUGAGAUUUUAGAGUCUGAGGAAAUUGAACCCGAGAACGUUUUAACCGAGGAUCCUGGGAUCGAAGUCAUGGAAGUGGACGAUUCUCAACAAGAAGUUACAGAAGUAAUAGAGGACGUUACCGAAACAUUACCCGAUCGGAUAGAGACAACGGAAAUAUCGGAGAUUGCUGAGGUGAUCGAUACCAGCGCAGAGUGUUCACCUCACAGUACUAUAAAGAAGACGGAACCGGAUACGGAAGCUGUGUCCGAGGACGAGUUGCCAACGGAAGCUGCAGCAAAGGAGCCUGAGACGGAGGCUGUGUCCGACGAAGAGUUACCAGCAGCAGCUCCCGCAGACUUGGGAGAAACAGAGUCGGUCUCGGAGGACGAAUUACCGCCGGACAGCGAGAAAAAGAAGAAGAGCGGAUUAAAGGCAAUGAGCAAAACUCCGGAAAAGAAAACCAAAACUGAAGGUGGAAGUAAACGUAAGUUGAAUGCGGAAGGAGAGUAUGAUCCUAGUUCGCCGACAUCUGAAAAUAACGAUGAGACGCCGGCCAAAAAGGUGGCGCUCUCAACCGAGACGGAUGCGGGGGAAAGUAAGCAAGAAACUAAACCAGCAUCACCAAAGAAAAAGACUCUACCCGAGCUGGAAAAGUAUUGGAAAGCUGUUAACGAAGAUCCGUCCGAUUUUACGGGGUGGACGUAUCUUCUCCAGUACGUUGAUCAAGAAAACGAUGCGGAAGCAGCCCGCGAAGCUUAUACGAAAUUUUUGGAGCGUUAUCCAUAUUGCUACGGUUACUGGAGAAAGUUUGCUGAUUACGAGAAGAAGAAGGGCAACCCCGAAAAUGUCCAAAGGGUAUUCGACCAAGGUUUGAAAGCUAUUUCGCUCAGUGUCGACCUUUGGCUGCAUUACAUCAACCACUGCAAAACUGUCUACGAAAAGGAUGAAGAAAAGCUUCGUGAACAAUAUGAAAGAGCUAUUCAAGCAUGUGGUCUUGAGUUUAGAUCCGAUCGUCUUUGGGAAAGUUACAUAAAGUGGGAACUCGAAGGCAAACGCCUUAGUAGAGUGACAGCCCUGUACGAUAGAUUGCUAUGCACACCCACACUCGGCUAUAUCUCUCACUUCGACGCAUUUCAAGAAUUCGUUUCCUCGAAUCUACCAAAUCGUAUUUUAAGCGUCGAUGAUUUCCUUGCGCUGCGUGCCGAGGUCAAGGCACUAUUGAAGUCCGAUGACAAUAGCACUACUUCGGCAACAGAUGAUGCACCACCCGGCGAGGAACCUCCGCCUCAUGAACUUCCGCCAACCGACGAAGAGACUCGUGCUAUUAGAGAGAAAAUAAUCAGUAGUCGACGUAAAAUGCACAAGGCCAAUAUUAACGCCGUUGCUGCUAGGUGGUCCUUCGAGGAAGGUAUUAAAAGACCGUAUUUCCACGUGAAGCCUCUGGAGCGAUGUCAAUUAAAAAAUUGGAAAGAAUAUUUGGACUUUGAGAUCGAGCAGAAAGAUCAGAAUCGGAUAAUCAUUCUGUUCGAGAGAUGUCUGAUAGCGUGUGCUCUAUACGACGAGUUCUGGAUGCGGUUUGUUCGUUACCUAGAAUCGUUAAAGGGCGACAACGUUGAGAAGAUAAGGGACGUAUAUUCCAGAGCAUGUACGGUGCAUCAUCCGAAAAAGCCAAAUCUGCACUUGCAGUGGGCGACCUUCGAAGAGGGUCAGGGUAACUUCGAGAAAGCUGCGAACAUAUUGGAGAAUAUCGACAACGUGCUACCCAAUAUGUUGCAAGUAGCAUACCGAAGAAUAAAUUUGGAGCGUAGGCGGGCGGACUUGGACAAAGCUUGUACAUUGUAUGAAAAUUAUAUUAGCAACAGUAAGAACAGAACGAUUGCGAACAACAUCGCGGUGAAAUACGCACGGUUUCUGUGUAAAGUGAAAAAUGACGUGGACAAGGCGAUUAAAGUAUUACUGAAGGCGACAGAGAAGGACAAGGACAAUCCGAGACUCUACUUGCAAUUGAUCGAUUUGGGAAUGCAGAGGACUCCCGUCGACACGCAAGAGAUCGUAGGAUAUAUGGACAUGUUCAUAGAACGCGAGCACGCCGACCUUGAACAGCGAGUGCUCUUCGCACAGCGCAAAGUAGAAUUCCUCGAAGAUUUCAGUCCGGAUAUUCGGCAAGUGUUGAAGGCGCAUGAACAAUUCCAGAAAUGCAUUAAACAGGCGAAGGAGCGGAAAAAGACGAAAAGCGACGACACGAAAACGGAUACUUCUCCACCAAAGAAAGUUAAAACUGGAGAUCAGUCGAGCAUACCGCCCCCGCCAUCCGUCAGUUCGCAGUCGUCUUAUCAAUACAGCAGCGGACCAAGCGGUCCUUAUCAGUCGCAACAGCAGUUCCAGAGCAGUCAGUACGGUGGUCAAGGUGGCUACCAGCAGGGCUAUCAACAGUAUCCGCCCCCGUCGGAUCCGAACUAUGCCAAUUAUAAUUGGCAAUACGGACAAGGUGGACCCCAAGCGUACGGACCUUACAAUCAGUGGGGAUCUUACAAUUAUUACUAGUGUAAUACAACCGAUGUUUUAUCUGUACCAGCUUUCAAUAUGUUACCGUGUCUAUUGUACAUUUUAUUAUCCUUGCGUUUCUGUCGUCCGAAAGACGAACGGGAAGGAAGGGAAACGAAAUUCUUUAAAGUUCCAAAUGACACAUCAGUGACCUGACACGAAUCCUAACACACGCUACACGUCGGUACCGAAGCCUCCUUUCGAUACUACCAACCAAAUUUUUUGCAUGAAUUUCUGUCGUAAACGUAUUUCUAAGUAUAAUGUAGCAGUAUCAGUGGAUUUACGACUAUUGACAAACAUACUAUUACACGAUUGUGACACGAUAACAUGUAGUAGAGACAGACAAAAAAAAAGGGAAGAAUGCCAUAACGAUACGAUGAGUGAAGUGAACUACGUUCAAUGCUGUCAGAGUACGUGCUGCGAAACGAGAAAGAGAAAAAAUAUUUUGUAUCUGCAUCGAAUUCGCACGAUACAAUGAUGCUUUGGUGUUUUAUUCCGUGACAGUUGUGUUAUUUUUCUCGACGAGGAUAUAGUAAUACUUGGAUGUUGGCCCUUGAUUUGUAACAAGCAUUCUUCUUUACGGCGCGUAUUUAGUUUACGAUUACCAUUAGAUUCUAAUGUGCGUUAAUACGCUUUUUAUUAACGUAUUAACGUUGAUACGUUAAUUCGCUUCGAACAACUCCUUAGAAAAUAUAUCUAUAUAAAUAGGGAGAGUAGAUUAUUCGAGUACACUAGGAAACUCACGUAAGCGUACUUUACGACAUAUUCACGGGAUAAAUAUUGUUAAACAUUUGUCGAUACAAUUUUUAUAAAGGAGCAAAUUUAGGAACAGCGACUGGGUUUGUGCUAUAACGCGAUCAGUUAUAGUGGGAUGGAUUGUUGGUACAAAUUAAAUUCUGAGUUACAGAUGCAUGUCACACUUUACGUUGCAAUCGCGCGUUUCUAUUCGGAGUUGAAAUUUUUUUCCGAAAAAAAACGGCCCAAGAUACGGGUCGCACUCACAUUAAAAUACAUUGUUUGCGUAUGUGAAAUUUUAUAAUUUGCAAUAAACGAAACUUUGAAAGUACGCAAAUCAAUUUUCAUCGUAAUAAUGAAUCUUUUGUAUUACUUCGAAAAGAAGUAAGGUAAUAUAUUUGUGAUUGUCGAAAGAAUAUAAUUUUUAAUUUGUAAACGAUGUUUAACUUCGUAUUAUCUGCUAAUAAAUAAUUAACAUCUUUUAGCACCACGUUCGUAGAAUAACCGAUUCUUAUAAUUCUGUUUAUUAAAGGAGAGUAAGUUGGA